AUGUCCGCACCGUCCGAAUCCACUGCGGCCCCUACGGCGCCCGCGAACGAGGGCCCCGCGGUCGACUCACAGACCAGCGUUCCCCCGCCGACGUCUUCCAGCCCGGGGAACGCGAAGACCCCUGUUGAGAUCCCCAGUCAAUCGAUUGAGCCCUCGGCAAACGGCAGUAAGGACAUCGAAGCGGACCUGCCACAGUCUGCUGUGGAUGGUCUCAUCCAGAAGCCUUUCCCUCGACCUCUCGAAACCUCGAAACCCCCACCUCCCGCCGAACUCACGUCGGACCAAAAGUCGAAGUACGAUGAUGUCCUCAAGGCCGUUUCCGAAUGGACUACCGUUCCCACGACGUCGGCGAAGAACGCUCCCACAGAACCAAUCACCGACGACGAGCGCAUGUUCUUGACUCGGGAGUGUCUUCUGCGGUACCUACGGGCGACGAAAUGGAAUGUACCCGAGGCGAUCGCACGAUUACAGCGGACGCUGACAUGGCGUCGGGAAUACGGGGUUGCCAAGUUGACGCCGGAAUACAUCUCGGUGGAAAAUGAAACGGGGAAGCAGGUGAUUCUGGGUUAUGACAUCCACGGACGACCGUGCCUUUAUCUUUUGCCAUCCAAUCAGAACACCGAGAAGAGCGACCGCCAGAUCCAGCACUUGGUGUUCAUGCUGGAACGGGUGAUUGACUUGAUGGGCCCGGACCAGGAGACUUUGGCGCUGAUCGUGAACUACAACGAGACCAAGUCGGGCCAGAAUGCGAGCAUCGGCCAGGCCAAACAGACUCUGAACUUCCUCCAAAAUCAUUAUCCCGAGCGCCUGGGCCGGGCAUUGGUGAUCAACAUGCCGUUCAUGAUCAUGGGAUUCUUCAAGCUGAUCACACCGUUCAUCGACCCACUUACCCGUACGAAGUUGAAGUUCAACGAGGACCUGCGGGAGCAUGUGCCGGCGAGCCAGCUGAUGAAAUCUAUGGGAGGGGAUGUCGAAUUCCGUUAUGAUCAUUCAAUUUACUGGCCGGCUUUGAAUCAGCUCGCCGACCAGAGGCGGACUGCGUACCGCGAACGGUGGAUCCAGGGCGGAAAGCGUGUGGGCGAGUUCGAGAAUUACCUGAAGACCGGCACUUUUCCCAGUGUUUCGCAAAGCGAAGGGACUUCGAAUGGGACUAACGGGGAGUCGCACGCAUGA